AUGUUGUUCGGUCAGAUCUUGAGCGGCAUCUCUGCCGCGCUGCUCGCUGAUGGUGUCUCAGCUAGCACCGUGCUUGAGGAGAGACAGACGAAUACGACGGUAGCAUGCACGUCUCACCUCCUGGUUGAUGACUUCAGCUCGUGGGCCAAUAGCACGAACCUCCUAAACGGAUCCACAGGCGAUGACUCAACGAUGAACACCACGAGCGCCGAUGGCGGCAUCCUCACCUUCACGCCGAAGAAUAUCGACGUGUCCUACUUGUACGAGCAGUUCGACUGCAUGGACACCACGGCCCUUGGUUACGACGGCGUAUCGUUCACCACCAAGGGACCCGAAGCCGCUUCUGUCUCGAUCGAGCUGCAGACCAAGACCAACUGUUCGGCAGAGGAGUACCAAAGCUUCUACUACACCGUCAACGGCUUGAGCGGUGCAUUGGAGACUAUCAACAUACCACUCAGCAGCUGGACGGGUGCAAACCUGACGCGCGUCGUCGGGGUAGUGUACUACAGCUUCUCUGCGGGGCAGACUGGGACCGACAAGGUCUGGCAACUGGACAACAUCCAGUUGCUGUGCUCUAGAGUCACAGCUCCCGCCGACCCGACAGCAGUCCCAACUACUGCCAACGGUCAUGAGGUGGCAUCUCGGAGUGCAGACGCAGCGGCAUGCGAAAGCGUCCUGAUCGACGACUGGGCCUCCCAGUCGCGCCUGACGUUCCUCUACUACAACGCCAUGCUCAUGCCCUCCAGCGACGACGGCACCAUGUCGUCGAUCGUGGUCAAGAACAACAGGGUGACCCUCACCCCCACAGCCACCGACUCGUAUUUCUACACGCAGCUCGGCUGCUUCGACGCCCAGCCGUACGGGGGUAUCGCGCUCCGCAUCACCGCCCCUGCCGGCUCUCAGUUCGACGUCCAGCUCUCCUCGACCAAGGGCGACUGCGGAGGUGACGCGACCACCGAUUCCAUCGUGACGACCAAACAGCUCGGAUGGACGUUCGACGGCACCGAGAAGCUGUACUCGAUUCCCUUCUCCAAGUAUUCGGGGCUGGAUUGGUCCAAGUUCACCAUGGUGUUCCUCACCAAUCUGGCGAAGCCAGUGACUCUGGGCCCGAUGGGCCUGUACUGCGGAAGUACUCCUGUCGAGUAUGUAGUCCCUGCGCCCGUGGAACCAGCUGAGCCGACAGCGACUGUGGCAGCGCCGCCGAGCCAGGCGACUAAUCUGGUGAUCGACAAGUUCGCCAACGCGGAGACGAACGCCCUGGGCGAGUGGCACGGCGCAGACGAGGGGAUCACGUUGACGUUCAAGGGCAACACCAUGACCCUGCAGACCAACGACUCGGAUCUGACGUGGAAUACGCAGGUCGCUGAUAUCUGCAAGGAUAUGACUGCAUUUGACGGAUCGUACCUGCACAUCGCUUACAAUGGGAGCAACAAAUUCACCGUCGCCAUGCAACAGCACAACGAGCAGUGUAACAACGACAUCAUGCCGUACCCCGAGACGUGGGACUCGCUUGAAGCUGCCAGAUAUGGCACCGCAACCGACAUUUACAUCCCCAUGACCCAUUUCAACAUCAAUCGUACGCGAGCGAUCGGCUUCGCCCUCAAGGGCUUCUACACCACGGAGCCGACCGUAUUCUCCAAGAUCGAAAUCGUCAAUCAGAUCCCAGCGGCCGUCAAGAUACCCGAGAAGCUUCCCUCCGGCACCUUCGUACUCGCCUGCAAGCGUCCCAACUCGUUCGCCUUCGCCAUAGACGAUGGAGACCCGGCGCUCGCGCAACAGGUCAUGAAGACCAUCGAAGACGAGAACAUCACCGUGACAUUCUUCACCGUCGGUGCUCCGCUCCUCGAUCCAACAACCAACCUGAGCGCCAUCUACAACGAGAUGGCCGCGAAGGGACAUCAGAUCGCACUGCACAGCUAUACCCACCCGCCACUCGAAGGACUCCCGGACGAAGCCGCGAUUGACUGGGAGUACAGCAACGAUUUGCGAGCAGUGGCGCAGACGUUCAAUGGGUUGCAGCCGAAGUACUUCAGGCCACCUUUCGGAACAGAGGGUGCUCGCAUGCGCCAGAGACUAGCGGCUCUUGUCGACGACCCGUACAUCGUGGAGUGGAGUGUCGACGUCGAGGACUGGAUCUGGGCUGAAUCCGCCACGCCAGAAAAGCAGCUUGAUGCGUUCAAGAGGGAUGUCACUGCUGGAGGGGACAUCGUCGUGGUGCACUACCUCUACACCAGCACCGUCAGCUAUCUGCAGCAGUUCAUUCAGAUAGCCAAGGCGACGGGCAAACAGCUCAUGCGGGUGGACCAGUGUAUGAUGGAUCCUAACGCGCCUCCGCUCUAA